AUGCCCGAGGCCGGGAGCGACGACCAGGACCUUUUGAAAUGGAAGAAGAAGAAGCCGCCGGUGCGCCGCACCGUUAGCCAGAUCUGCCCGCCCCCUCGGCGGCCCCUGACGGUGGCCGACAUCCGCCCGGGCAUGGAGAACGAGAGGCUGGGGGUCGUGCGGGACUCCAUGUUUCAGAACCCGCUCAUCGUCAAGGCUGAGCUGGGCAAGAGCCGGGAGAGAAGCUGCAGUCUGCCUGGUGUCAACUUCAACUAUGGCCUCUACAUCCGGGGGCUGGAUGGCGGGGUCCAGGAGGCCAUCAGCCACUGGAAUGUGUUUAAGCAGCAGCCCACCUGCCCCCAUGAGCUAACCCGCAACUACGUGGCCAUGAACCGUGGAGCGGUCAAGGCCGGCCUGGUGACUGCCCGCGAAAACUUCCUCUACCGCCAGCUCAAUGACAUCCGCAUUGGCGACCAGGAUGACCGGCGUGUGAAAAAGGAGCCGCCCUCCCUGCCUCCAGACAUGACAUUCGGGAUCCGGGCCCGGCCGUCGACGCCCUUCUUCGACCUGCUGCAGCACCGGUACCAGCAGCUGUGGGUGCAGGAACAGAAGGCUACACAAAGAGCCAUCAAGCUGGAGAAAAAGCAGAAGGUGAUCCUGGGGAAGCUGUACGAGACCCGGAGCAGUCAGCUGAGGAAGUACAAGCCGCCCGUGAAGCUCGACGCCCUCUGGCACAUGCCUCACUUCCAGAAGGUGGCCGCCCAUCUCGACACCUUCCCCACUGAGGCCGACCGUAGGAGAGCAUUCCAAGCCCACCGAGAAGAGUGUGCGGUGCGCCAGGGCACCCUGCGGAUGGGCAACUAUACCCACCCCUGA